AAAAAAGCAAAUUUUCUUUACAGAUACGUGGAACUGAUAUUGGUUCAUCUUAUAUGAAAUAUGCAGAGGCAAAAUGGCAACUGCAAACACUGAAAAUCGAGUUUACCUUUUCCGUCUACAAGUGCUUAUAAUAGAUGGAGGACUUCUAGUAUUAAGAAACAUUCUAGACCAGAAGCUCAAUGUUCAGAACAUCACUCUAAGCACAUGCCUGAGUCAAGAAAAGCCGACAAUUACACGCCUGAAAAAUCAGAAAAUAAUAACUCAAGUCCAAUAUGAUCUACUGUAUCCGCCGCCAGGAGGAAAACUUCCAUCGACAGCAGACUUUGACAUUACGCUUAUAAUAUGCCUUCUUAGGAACCUGAAAUGUUGUGGUUUCAAUCCAAAAUUCAGCUGGAAUGUUAUUCCGAAUGCAUCAGACGUAUCAGUUGAGGCUGACAUCUACAGGCUUAAAUUGCACAGGAAUGAGAUCAGUCAUAUAUCGACGACUACAGGAAUCCAGCCAAAGGAUUUUUGUUUGAAGUGGACUGAGAUAGAACAGAGUCUUUUAAGGCUAAACACUUCGGUGAUAAAUCCGGUUCCAAACUUACAACAAACAAUUGAUGAUAUUGAACAAAGUCCACUAGAUCUAGAAGCAGAGGAAAGGAUACAAAAAGAAGUGGAUGAGUGGAGAAAACUGGAAAAGGGUGUAGAGGUCGACUUAAAACAAGUAAAAGUAGAUGCUCAAGCCAUAAAGGAGGAGGUGAAGCAACAACACACUAGUAUACAGAAGUUAGGGAAACGCACAUCAGAAAAUACUGAACUUAUUAGGGGUGCAACAAACAAGGUAGCUAAACUUGAAAAACAAAUAACCAAGAACAAUGAAUCAACACAAAAACAGAAAGAACAAAAAGAAAUCAAUGCACAAGAAUCGAUGGCAACAAGAGACAGCCAUGAUGCUUCCCGUCCCUCUAACUCAUCAUCAAGGGAACUUGCGCAGAAGUUUUGUGACUUUUUCAUCGAGAAAACUGAAAACAUUAGGAAUGACAUUAUUUCGCACAGCCAAACUGAUUGUAAUUCAGUUGACUUCCAUUGUUCAGAACACCAGGAAGUAGCAAACUAUCUUAUUGAUUUGGCUUCUACAACGACAGAAGAGGUAAAACAAAUUAUACAAAAACCUCCAAACAAAUCCUGUGAACUUGACCCUUUACCAACAUGGCUUUUGAAGAAAUGUCUCGAUGAGCUCUUGCCGUUGAUAACAAACAUCAUAAAUACAUCAAUGGAAUUAGGUUAUGUACCAAAAGAGUUUAAAAGUGCUAGGAUAAGACCCCUGCUUAAGAAACCAGGUCUUGAACCAAACAUUCUCAAAAACUACAGGCCUGUGUCUAACCUCUCUUUCAUUUCAAAAAUCUAAGAAAAGGUAGUAGAUGCGUGUCUUGAGCGGCACUUGAGUGAAAAUAAGCUACAAGAGGGGCUGCAGUCUGCUUACAGAAUGUUUCAUUCAACUGAGCCGGUUGUGAUAAAGGUACAGAAUGACAUCCUCACAUCCCUCGACCAAAAUUCUGUAACAGUCCUCAUGCUACUCGAUCUGUCUGCAGCUAUCGACAUGACUGACCACCAAACGCUGUUACACCGACUCGAACAUCAUUUUGGAGUCACAGACAAAGCACUUGCAUGGAUGUCAUCAUAUCUUAGUAACCACUAUCAAACUGUGUGCGUUGACGGUGAGUUGUCGACGCCUAUGUUGAUGAAAUACAGUGUGUCCCAGAGAUCAGUGCUUGGUCCAAAGAACUAUAUCAUGUACACUAAACCCGUGGGGGCCAUAUGUAGACGUCAUGGACUUCUACACUAUUUCUAUGCCGAUGACUCUCAAUUAUACCUAUCCUUUAAGCCGAUAGAGGCUGUGGCUAGAAGUGAGGCUUUCCGCCACAUUGAGAGCUGUCUGGCUGAAAUUGUCUCGUGGCUGCAUUGCAACAUGCUGAAGCUCAAUGCUGAUAAAAGGUGGUAAUGCUAUUCACAUCAAAGCGUAACUCCAAGUACAUUGAUGACGUCUCUAUGAAGUUAUGAAGUUCGGUGGCUCUGUGAUAAAAUCCACAAAAUGUGGUAGGAAUCUUGGUGCAGUACUUGACAACAAUAUGGAUACGGAACAACAAGUUAACUCUGUGUUCCGGGCUGGAUAUGCACAACUUCGCAGAAUAGGUCACAUCAGACGGUAUCUUACCAGUGAUGCCACAAAGACCCUUAUCAACAGCCUGGUUACUUCACGGUUAGACUACUGUAAUGUCUUUUUAAGUGGUAUUCCAAAUAGCACACUUAACAAGUUGCAACAUGUCCAGAACACGGCAGCUCGCGUCAUCACCAAGACGCCCGUCGCAAUCACACCGGUUCUGAAGGAGCUCCAUUUGGUUGCCAGUAAAAUACAGGGUGCAGUACAAGGUUCUGACCCACACCUUUAAGGCUUUACGCAAUCAGUCCCCUGCCUAUAUUAGGGAUAUGAUAGAAGUGUAUAAACCGGUCAGAAACCUAAGAUCACAAGACACUCUGUCACUGGUUAUGCCAAAAACUAAAACCAUGAUGUAUGGCAAUCGCAGCUUUUCGUGCACUGCUCCAAAGCUUUGGAACUCCCUUCCCGUCAAGAUCAGGGAAGCUGACACGCUAGCUGCUUUCAAAAGCCUGCUUAAAACCCACUUCUUUGUACAAUAUUUUGUUAACUGACCGAUAUAUUGAUGCUUUUUGCUUCUUCUUCAUAAAACUGCGUAGAACAGUAUUUUAUCCUAGGGUAACCUAAAUACUUUUAAAUACGUAUGUAUGUUUAUCUUGUUUAAUCUAUACGAUUUAUGAAUUUUGUUAAUGUGGAAUGCAUUAUUUUUGUAUGCGUAUUUGUUAGUAUUUUUGCAUUUUUCUGGAAAGCACUUUUGAACGUGUACACGUGCAUCAAAAGAGUGCCAUAUAAUGUGGUAUAAUAGUAAUAAUAAUAAUAGUAAUGUUUGCUUCGAAGAAAACGUGUAAUUGUGUUUAAAUUAUGGAUCGAAGUUUUUCGUCAAGUUUUUUUUAUCUAUCUCUCUCUCUCUCUCUCUUAACACAUAAUGUACUGCCACUUUGUGAUUAUACGUUUAGUUUAGUGAUAAAAUCAGUCUGUCUCUGUUUACUCAAGAAAUGUGUAACUGUGUUUAUAGUGAUAGAAUUAUACUGUCUCUGCUUACUCAUGUUUCCAAGGAAAUGUGUUAUUUAACACCUAACAUACUACCAUUUGUGAUUUAUGUUAAGCAUAGUGAUAGCAUUAUACUGUCUCUGCUUACUCAUGUUUCCAGGGAAAAGUGUUAUUUAACACCUAACAUACUACCAUUUGUGAUUUAUGUUAAGCAUAGUGAUAGCAUUAUACCGUCUCUGCUUACUCAUGUUUACUUCUAAGAAAUGUAACUGUGUUUAUAUAGUGGACGCAACUUGACCCCGAUGGUUGACCUUUGCAUUGAAAUACAUAAUGAGGCACAACCUCACUGGCA